AAGGGGGCGGGCUGGUUAAGCGUCAGGUUUCCCCAAGCCGCUUCCUCCGGGAGUAGCGGUCCAGCGAGCGACGGGCCCUUUCACCGCAACGGCCCUAACACGGAGGCUGAUGGAGCUUUCUUACCAGACCCUCAAGGUCACGCACCAGGCACGGGAAGCGUGCCAGAUGAGGACAGAAGCACGACGAAAAAAUCUUCUUAUUUUGAUUUUGCAUUACUUAACACAAGAAGGAUAUAUCAAUGCAGCCAAUGCUUUGGAGCAAGAAACUAAACUGGGGUUACGACGAUUUGAAGUUUGUGACAACAUUGACCUUGAAACUAUUUUGAUGGAAUAUGAGAGCUACUAUUUUGUGAAAUUUCAGAAAUACCCCAAAAUUGUCAAAAAAGCAUCGGACACAGCAGAAAAUAAUUUACCACAAAGAAGUGGAGGGAAGACCAGAAGGGUGAUGAGUGACAGUUGUCAAAAUCUUCCGAGGAUCAGUCAGCAGCGGCCACGGUCCAGAACCACAGUGGGGAAGUCAGGGGAUGCCAAAUCCAACCAAAAGGAGCAACCUAAACAGGAGGCUGUCAAUAAUUCUCACAUGGAGAGUGCUGACUUUGGCUUGAGUAUAUCAGGAAUCAACAAAGGCAAUGGAGAAGAAAAUGUCCGCCCACAAAAAGGCCAAAUCAUUGACUUCCGAGGGCUGCUCACAGAUGCCAUCAAAGGAGCAACCAAUGAACUUGGCUUGAACAGCUUUGACUGUAACCCAGACCCCUCAGAACGAUUGUUGAAACCUCUGAGUGCAUUUAUUGGCAUGAAUAGUGAGAUGCGAGAAUUGGCAGCCAUGGUGAGCCGGGAUAUUUAUCUCCAUAAUCCAAACAUCAAGUGGGAUGACAUUAUCGGACUCGACACAGCCAAGCAGUUAGUCAAAGAAGCUGUUGUGUACCCUAUAAGGUACCCACAGCUGUUUACAGGAAUUCUUUCCCCCUGGAAAGGACUACUGCUCUAUGGCCCUCCAGGGACAGGAAAGACUUUGCUGGCCAAAGCUGUGGCCACGGAGUGCAAAACAACCUUCUUUAACAUUUCUGCAUCUACCAUCGUCAGCAAAUGGAGAGGGGAUUCAGAAAAACUUGUUCGGGUGUUAUUUGAACUUGCCCGCUAUCACGCCCCCUCCACCAUCUUCCUGGACGAGCUGGAGUCAGUGAUGAGUCAGAGAGGCACGGCUCCUGGGGGAGAGCAUGAAGGAAGCCUUCGGAUGAAGACAGAGUUACUAGUGCAAAUGGAUGGGCUGGCUCGCUCAGAGGAUCUCGUGUUUGUCUUAGCAGCCUCUAACCUGCCAUGGGAGCUGGACUGUGCCAUGUUACGCCGCCUGGAGAAAAGGAUUCUGGUUGAUCUCCCGAGCCGGGAGGCCAGGCGGGCCAUGAUCUACCACUGGCUGCCCCCUGUGAGCAAGAGCAGAGCCCUAGAGCUGCGCACGGAGCUGGAGUACGGCGUGCUGAGCCAGGAGACGGAGGGCUACUCAGGUUCAGACAUUAAGCUCGUCUGCAGGGAAGCAGCCAUGCGGCCUAUGAGGAAGAUCUUCAGUGCCCUUGAAAAUCAUCCAUCAGAGAGCAGCAAUUUACCUGGAAUCCAGCUGGAUACAGUGACCACUGCUGACUUCUUAGAUGUGCUAGCUCACACCAAGCCUUCAGCAAAGAAUCUGACUCAAAGAUACUCAGCCUGGCAAAGAAGACUUUCCCCAUUGAACUGACUUUUGAGAUGAAUUCUAUCGAGACUUUUCAGAUCACUCAGUGUGGACAGUCCUGCUACGUCCACCCCAAAACACACAGCACUCAGCAUCUGCCUGAUUCUACUCUCAAUACUUAAGACCCUGGUCAUGCAUUUAACCCUCACCACAAGCCUACGUGGUGGGUGCUGGCACUGUCUCCAUUUUACAGGGGUGUGAGAGCUUAGGUGACUUGCCCAAGGGGGCACAGAGCUGUGUAACUGCUGCCCAGGCCCCCAAACUUAUGCUCCUGGCCAUUCCACUCAUGCUUCGGAUCUGUGGUGGCAGUCCUAUCACAUCUGUCCUUUGCACUCUAGGCUGUGUUAGUACUAAGUCAGGGCAUCUGCAGAGACAAGAACAGAGUGAUCAAAAGACCACCAAAAGGAGAGGGAGCUGCCAUUUAUUUAGCUUUGCUCUCUGCCGUCCAAGAUCAAGCUGAUCUCUAAACAAGCAUCAAAGCCCGAAGCUCAUUAACAUCGGUGUGUGCUUCAAUAAGGUGAACGCCACAAUGAUGUACAAUUACAUGCUAAUAAUUCAAUGCCCAAGAGUCCUGUAAAACAAUUGCCAAGGCCCAGGAUUAUCACAGUAUGCAAAUGCACUAGGAAAAUCAUUACCUACUUAGUCCCCUUCAUUUUGGUGGGUCUAACACGAGAAGAAUAAUCCAUGCUACCAGACGAGAUUUCAUUUUACAGCUGUAGUAACCAAGUACAUAAAAGCUUGAAUCUGUCCCAAUAGCUUCUCAAAGAUUUUUCCCAUAGUGUCAGAGGCAAAAAUAAUGAAAUCUUGCAAAUGUACAGUUAAUAGGACCCUGGUGGACGCUAACUUCAAAAAUGCAUGGUCUAUAAGACAUUAAAGGCUUGAUUUUAGUUUCUGCACUGUUCCUGUUAAUAACAAUGUCUAAUUAAAACAUCUGUAAAAUACUGAUAGUUUUAAUUUUACAUAAAAUUUCCAAAACAACUGUUACACAGUAUAAUAGGUAUCUGCAAUGAAUAGGUUAUUAAUGGAAAUAUUAUUUUAAAUUAAAAUCAGGUUCUAAAUUUAAAUUAGUCAUCUCUGGCUAAUGAAGAGAAAAAGAAGUCACCCGUGCUGGGAAUAAUACAGUAGAUAAUCUGGUUUUCAACAUCCAUUAAGGCAAAUUCACUUGAUCACUUGGGCUAAAGGACAAUUUAUUUUGCUUCUUCUGACUUGUAUUCAUUCCACUUGGCACUUCUGAUGGAUUUCACAGUUGAACUUAAUAUUAAAACUACAGCCUAAUGUACUUUUCAACACAUUAUUUUAUAAUUUAAAAACGCCACUCAAUUUUAUUCACAAUCUGAACACUCCCCACUCCCACUGUCCCAGUGAGGAGACAGCAAAGAACACGACGACACCCUGCAGUAGGCUCUCCCUCCCAGCCCUGACUAACCUGAUGAAUAUUUUAAAAGGAAUGGUAGAAAAUCAUAGCUUCCCCUUUCUCAUCUUCUUUUGCAAAAUAAAAGGGAUAAGCAAGGCGUA